GUAAAAAGGUAGAAGGCAGCUGGGUUAUUGCUUUGAGAGACCGGCUUGUGAGGGGAGCCGCGGGAAAGGCGCGUGUCGGCCGCUCACUGGCGCAGCCGCUGCUGCCGCCGUCACCGCCCCGCCCCGGCGUUGUCGCUGACAUCGUCGCGGACGAAGCGUGGCCCCAGCAUGGGCAGGAAGGGGGACGCGAGCGGCGCGUGUGCCGCGGCUGCGCGGCCGGUGACAGGAGUUUGCUAUAAAAUGGAACUUCUGAUUGUAUUCACUGGACUAUGGCUGUUUUCUUCAGUAAAGGCAGAUUCAAAAGCCAUUACAACCUCUCUUACAACAAAAUGGUUUUCCACUCCAUUGUUGUUAGAAGUCAGUGAGUUUUUAGCGGAAGACAGUCAAGAGAAAUUUUGGAAUUUUGUAGAAGCCAGCCAAAAUAUUGGAUCAUCCGAUCAUCACGGUACUGAUUAUUCCUAUUAUCAUGCAAUAUUGGAAACUGCAUUUCAGUUUCUGUCACCUCUGCAGCAGAAUUUGUUGAAAUUUUGUCUAUCCCUUCAUUCCUACUCGGCUACAAUUCAAGCCUUCCAGCAGAUAGCAGCUGAUGAGCCUCCACCAGAAGGAUGUAAUUCGUUUUUCUCUGUGCAUGGAAAGAAGACUUGUGAUUUUGACACCCUUGAGACUCUUCUCCUCACAGCGUCUGAAAGGCCCAAACCUUUAUUGUUCAAAGGAGAUCACAGAUACCCAUCAUCUAAUCCUGAAAGCCCAGUGGUCAUUUUCUACUCUGAGAUUGGUUAUGAGGAAUUUUAUAAUUUCCACCGCCAACUUAUAUCAAAAAACAAUGCAGGCAAAAUCAAUUAUGUACUCAGACAUUAUAUACUUAAUCCGAGGAAGGAACCUGUUUACCUCUCUGGCUAUGGUGUGGAGUUGGCAAUUAAGAGCACUGAGUACAAGGCCAAGGAUGAUACUCAGGUGAAAGGAACGGAGGUAAAUGCUACAGUGAUUGGUGAGAAUGAUCCUAUUGAUGAAGUUCAGGGAUUCCUCUUUGGAAAAUUAAGAGACCUGCACCCUGACCUGAAGGGACAGUUGAAGGAACUCAGAAAACAUCUUGUGGAGAGCACCAAUGAAAUGGCUCCUUUAAAAGUUUGGCAAUUGCAAGAUCUCAGUUUCCAGACUGCUGCCCGAAUCUUGGCUGCUCCUGUUGAAUUAGCUUUGGUGGUAAUGAAGGAUCUUAGUCAAAAUUUUCCUACCAAAGCCAGAGCAAUAACAAAAACAGCAGUGAGUUCAGAACUUAGAACCGAAGUGGAAGAGAAUCAGAAGUAUUUCAAGGGAACUUUAGGAUUACAACCUGGAGACUCAGCACUGUUCAUCAAUGGACUUCACAUUGAUUUAGAUACACAGGAUAUAUUCAGUCUGUUUGAUGUGUUGAGGAAUGAAGCUCGGGUAAUGGAAGGUCUGCAUAGAUUGGGAAUAGAAGGUCUUUCUCUGCAUAAUGUUUUGAAACUGAACAUCCAGCCCUCUGAAGCUGACUAUGCUGUAGACAUCAGGAGUCCUGCUAUUUCAUGGAUCAACAACCUGGAGGUUGACAGCAGAUAUAAUUCAUGGCCUUCUAGUCUACAAGAAUUGCUUCGACCCACCUUUCCUGGGGUUAUCCGGCAGAUCAGGAAAAACUUGCAUAACAUGGUUUUCAUAGUUGAUCCUGCUCAUGAGACCACAGCAGAGUUGAUUAACACAGCUGAGAUGUUCCUCAGUAAUCAUAUACCACUAAGAAUUGGUUUAAUCUUUGUGGUUAAUGACUCUGAAGAUGUUGAUGGGAUGCAAGAUGCUGGAGUGGCUAUUCUGAGAGCGUAUAAUUAUGUUGCCCAAGAAGUGGACGAUUAUCAUGCCUUCCAAACUCUGAUACAUAUCUAUAACAAAGUAAGGAUUGGAGAAAAAGUAAAAGUUGAACAUGUGGUCAGUGUCCUGGAAAAGAAAUAUCCGUAUGUCGAAGUGAAUAGCAUUUUGGGGAUUGACUCUGCUUAUGAUCAGAAUCGGAAGGAAGCGAGAGGCUACUAUGAGCAGACUGGGGUUGGUCCACUGCCUGUUGUUCUGUUCAACGGAAUGCCCUUUGAAAAGGAACAGCUAGAUCCUGAUGAGUUGGAAACCAUCACAAUGCACAAAAUCCUGGAGACCACAACCUUUUUCCAGAGAGCAGUAUACUUGGGUGAAUUGUCCCAUGAUCAGGAUGUGGUAGAGUAUAUCAUGAAUCAGCCAAAUGUUGUUCCACGAAUCAAUUCGAGGAUUUUGACAUCUGAGCGAGAAUACCUGGAUUUAACAGCAACCAAUAACUUUUUUGUGGAUGACUAUGCCAGAUUUACUGUCUUGGAUUCCCAAGGCAAAACUGCUGCUAUAGCCAAUAGUAUGAACUAUCUGACAAAGAAAGGAAUGUCCUCCAAGGAAAUCUAUGAUGAUUCCUUCAUUAGGCCUGUAACUUUUUGGAUUGUUGGAGAUUUUGAUAGCCCUUCUGGAAGACAGUUACUGUAUGAUGCUAUUAAACAUCAGAAAUCCAGUAACAAUGUUAGAAUAAGCAUGAUCAAUAAUCCUAGUGAAGAUAUAAGAUAUAAGAACACUCAGAUCUCCAGAGCCAUCUGGGCAGCUCUCCAAACACAGACGUCCAACUCUGCUAAGAACUUCAUCACAAAAAUGGCCAAGGAGGAGACUGCAGAGGCCUUGGCUGCAGGAGCUGACAUCGGGGGGUUCUCUGUUGGGGGCAUGGAUUUCAGUCUUUUUAAAGAGGUCUUUGAGUCUUCCAAAAUGGAUUUCAUUUUGUCUCAUGCCAUGUACUGCAGGGAUGUUCUGAAGCUGAAGAAGGGACAGAGGGCAGUGAUCAGCAAUGGAAGGAUCAUUGGGCCGCUGGACGACGGUGAACUCUUUAAUCAAGACGAUUUCCACCUCCUAGAAAAUAUCAUCUUAAAAACUUCAGGACAGAAAAUCAAAUCCCAUAUUCAACAGCUUCGGGUAGAAGAAGAUGUGGCAAGUGACUUGGUCAUGAAGGUGGAUGCCCUCCUGUCGGCUCAACCAAAAGGAGAUGCAAGAAUCGAGUACCAGUUUUUUGAAGACAGACAUAGUGCAAUUAAAAUGAGGCCGAAAGAAGGGGAGACGUACUUUGACGUCGUGGCUGUCAUUGACCCUGUCACCAGAGAAGCACAGAGACUUGCCCCGUUGCUCUUGGUUUUAACCCAGCUGAUCAACAUGAAUUUAAGAGUGUUUAUGAACUGCCAGUCAAAACUUUCUGACAUGCCUUUAAAAAGCUUUUACCGUUACGUCUUAGAACCAGAAAUUUCUUUCACCCCAGACAAUAGCUUUGCUAAGGGUCCAAUAGCAAAAUUUUUGGAUAUGCCACAGUCUCCUCUGUUCACCCUGAAUUUGAAUACACCUGAGAGUUGGAUGGUGGAGUCUGUCAGAACACCAUAUGAUCUUGAUAAUAUUUAUUUAGAAGAGGUGGAUAGUAUAGUGGCCGCUGAGUAUGAACUGGAGUACCUCUUACUAGAAGGUCACUGCUAUGACAUUACCACAGGCCAGCCCCCACGAGGACUGCAGUUUACAUUAGGAACUUCGGCCAACCCAGUCAUUGUGGAUACCAUUGUUAUGGCCAAUCUGGGCUACUUUCAGUUAAAGGCCAACCCAGGAGCUUGGAUUCUCAGAUUAAGGAAGGGUCGUUCUGAAGAUAUUUAUAGAAUAUACAGCCAUGAUGGCACAGAUUCUCCUCCCGAUGCUGAUGAAGUUGUUGUCGUCCUCAACAACUUCAAGAGCAAAAUUAUUAAAGUGAAGGUUCAGAAGAAGGCAGACAUGGUGAACGAAGACCUGCUGAGUGACGGAACUAAUGAAAAUGAAUCUGGAUUUUGGGACUCCUUCAAAUGGGGCUUUACAGGAGGACAGAAGACUGAGGAAGUGAAACAGGAUAAAGAUGACAUAAUUAAUAUUUUCUCCGUGGCAUCCGGCCAUCUCUAUGAAAGAUUUCUUCGUAUAAUGAUGCUGUCAGUACUGAAGAAUACCAGGACUCCUGUGAAAUUCUGGUUCUUGAAGAAUUAUCUGUCCCCCACAUUUAAGGAGUUCAUACCUUAUAUGGCAAAUGAGUACAACUUCCAGUAUGAGCUUGUUCAAUACAAAUGGCCCCGGUGGCUUCAUCAGCAGACUGAGAAACAGCGCAUCAUUUGGGGUUACAAGAUCCUCUUCUUGGACGUGCUGUUCCCACUGGUUGUUGACAAAUUCCUGUUUGUGGAUGCUGAUCAGAUUGUCCGAACAGAUCUGAAAGAGUUAAGAGAUUUCAAUUUGGAUGGUGCUCCUUAUGGCUAUACUCCCUUUUGUGAUAGCCGAAAAGAAAUGGAUGGAUACAGGUUCUGGAAAUCAGGGUACUGGGCCAGUCAUUUGGCUGGGCGAAAGUAUCAUAUCAGUGCACUAUAUGUCGUGGAUCUAAAGAAGUUUAGGAAAAUAGCUGCUGGUGACAGACUCAGGGGACAGUACCAAGGUCUGAGUCAGGAUCCUAACAGCCUUUCAAAUCUUGAUCAAGAUUUGCCCAAUAACAUGAUCCAUCAGGUGCCAAUUAAAUCACUCCCUCAAGAAUGGCUUUGGUGUGAAACGUGGUGUGAUGAUGCCUCUAAGAAAAGGGCUAAAACAAUAGAUUUGUGUAAUAAUCCAAUGACCAAAGAGCCCAAGCUGGAAGCAGCUGUUCGAAUUGUCCCAGAGUGGCAGGACUACGACCAAGAGAUCAAGCAGCUACAGACCCGGUUCCAGAGGGAGAAAGAGACAGGAAUGCUGGACAAGAAGAUGACACAGGAGCCACGCUGGGAAGGACCUCAGAAACGAGAAGAAUUAUGAUCUUCACAGGAGGACAGGAAAUUGCACAAUUUGAAAAACACUUUUUGUAUUAAAUGCUAGUUUUUUCUGAUCUGUCUUUACAACUGCUGAUAAACUGGCUGGGCAGGCGUGCCACACCUUUUGAUUCUGAGCAUUUGAUUUUGACUUCUACACGCCGGUGGGCUCUGGAUCUUUGGAGUCAAGGCUCUAUUGGAUUUGUACCUCAGAGGAAGACAAGUGGCUGAUCUUUUGGGACUCUGUAAAGAGCAGUCUUCUAACCAGAAGGGAAAAUGGCAGAGGCAACUGGAAGAAAAUGAGUCCUGUGGUGCCCACACCAAGAGCACACACAUGCUGCAUCACCAUGGGAAGCCGACCCGCCAGAGCCGCCAUGUUCUUCCUUACCUCAGUUUACUGACAGCGGAGCUCAGUCUGCAGCCUGCGCUGUGGUGGCAGAAGCUUUGUCCGAGGUCCACACACCUUGAGGUUUAUGCCAGUGCGUCCUGUGUCCUUGUGUUCUCUUCCCCAGCAGUGGGUUCAUUGUUAAAUGGAAACCCAACCAACAAUCAUGUGUCUUUGAGAUUGGCUCCAGGCAAUUAAUUUGGAGACAGGAUGGGGUGGGUUGGGAUGAGGGUAGGAAACCUAUCAGGAGUAGGAUGACUUUAGGAUAUUUUGGGGGAGGUGAAGAAGACAGAAAUUGGCCAUUCCCUUUUAUAAACCGUCAGUACCACGUGACUAAUUUAAAAUGAAAACAUUAUUCUUCUUCCCCACCCAACCCCAGUAAACUUCUUAGGAAAUUGUUUUGUAAAUAAUUUUUCUAUUUGUGAAAGUCUUUGCUUUUUCUUCCCACUUUCUUAAAAAAAAAAAAAAAAAAAAAGUCUGUUAUUGAUUUCCUCACUGGAUACAGCCAUAGUGAGCCCCUCUGGUGAUCCAUCUUGAGGGGCUCCAGUCUCCCUCGGGAAGGUCAUCACAUCAUCCACCUUCUGCUCCUCUGGGUGGGGGGCAGGGGGUUCUUUCUCAGACCCAGGCAAAGUUGGCUUUGACUUUUCUCUACGCAGGACUCCCAAAGGUGAGAAGAGGAGAGAUGUUGACUGUAAUCCGUGUUCCUCUGUACGUGGUCCUCUGUUCCUUUUAGUUCAGUGCUGUGGGCUGCCUCUGGUUUGCCGAAAUUGCCGGCACACCACUCUUCUGACAGCACAUAGUUGCAUCUUGAAGCAGCAUCAGCCCUGCUCUUAGUGUCUUUACUUCAGUGGCCCAGAGUGGCCUUUCUGGAGCGGCCUCUCCUGGUGAGCGGGCAGUGUUGGGAGGCACCCAGAGGGAGUCUUCUGGUGUGUUUUCGGCCUACAUGGGCGUGAGGCUCUAGGGGCUUCCCUCUGUCUGCCCAGGCUGCAGGGUACACAAGAGCACUCUUGUGGACUGUGCCUCCUUCCAUUGCAAACCAUUUUUGUCCCUAAUAUUUUGCCUGCUUUUUACAAAUGUGAGGAGGGGCUGCAAAUGAUAGCUGAAUCCUCACUCUUCUAAGCCAGGGAACAUAGGUUUUCAGUCUUUUUUAGAAAUCAAAGUCUUAUGGCAAAUAUCAAGUAAUUUAUUUUUUUCUAUAGUCACAUAAGCAAAAGUUAGCAUAGGAGUCUCUCAGUCAGUCAGAAGGAGCUUUUAUAAUUCCAUUAAAAGUUGGGAAGAAGGGAGCUCAAAUUUUUAGAUAAAUGGAUCCAAGACUGAAAAGGUCCCUCAGAGUCAUUGCUGUUGACAGAGGCUGUAGCUUGAGUCCCCCCCGCCCCCCCCCCCCCCCUGCCGCUCACUGGUCAGAGCAGCUGAAGGGAUAGAAUCAAUGAGAACAAAAAACAUUUGUUUAGCCUCAUCUUGGAUCGAAGAAAAGCUGUCAGAGAGCCUUCUGCCACCACCACUUCAGUCCACCCGUGAACAGAACUGUGUACUUUCUGAGUUGAUUUUCUGGGAGAUUGAGUGGGAAAUACUAAAGUCACUGGGGUGUGCUUUUUAAAUGCUGGUUCCCUUGGGACAUGGAACAUGCCACCUUUCUCCAUGUCUUUCCACCAGGUCUCUUAUGCAUAUUCCAUGUGAGGAACGUACAGUGUGAAAUUUGUUCUCCGUGUAGUGUGUGUCCUCACUGCUCUUGUCUGUCACCACCCUAAGCACAAGUCUUACCAGUAGUUGUUUCUAAGUGUGUAAGACCUCGUUUGCUUUUGAAGUGGUGUAGGGCCUUCCUUCCUUCUCUUGGUUCAUGUGGCAACAGUAUCUUUCAGGAUGAACCUCUAAUGUCCUAGGAAAUGAUAAUACCACUAAAAUUUGGUCUUGGUCAGCUUUGUCCAUUGACUCUACUGUGCGAAAGCAAAUUGUGACCCAAAAGAUACAGAUUUUUUUCCCAAGAAGCAAGAAUUGAUGGCACUGAAAUGCUCAAGGUUCUGGAAACUGUUCACAGUGCAUUGUUUUUAACCAUCAUUUUUAUGGAACGGGAUUUGUUGUCUCUCAUCAUGCCAUAAUGGGAAAUUUUCUUUAUGAAUCAGGGCCAGUGUGAUGUGAAAUAAUGUGACAUGUCCGAAUGACAUGCAACAUGUGAGUUUUUAUGUUCUAUGAACAGUGGCAUUUGAGACCAAACCCCAUUCACACAGCCUGCUGCUGGAGCUGAGGAGGCAUGCCUAUGUGUGUUUUACAAUUGAACUCAGUACUGACCACACCGAGAAUGAUGACACAUUAGUUUCCCAUAAGGAUGAUAAGGUGUAGAAUCUCAAGAUGUGGUGUUUCUAACGGAAACAUGCAGAUGUUUGCCUACCUACUAUGUGUAUAUGCCUCGAGGUAGGCCCUUGUUUCGUGAACUCAGCUAGUGGGAGAGCAAAGAUUUUACAUAUGUUUCAGAAAUCGUUUCCAGGAACGGAGCUUAAUGAACUCUGCUCUCCUCCAGUCCUCAUGCUGUGAACCAUGUGGAGGCUGUGCUUGAAGGAACAACUUCUGUCUGGUUGCAGGACGUGGUGCCUGAACGAAGGUCCGGAAGCUGGCGGUGUGAGUGGGGUUUUCAGAAGGGACGGGCCCAGCUAAUAGGAAGGAAAUUCCAUUGUCCUUUAGCUGGGAAUCAUACUUGACUGCCACUGUAAUUUGGAACAAGUCAGACACCACCCUCCUAGGAUUCAGUAAAAUUCCUCUUACCCUACAUCUCCCCUGUGAGUAAACUCGGGUACUUGAAAGUAGCCCUUUUCUAAAAUUGCCAUGAAUGAGUCACAAGGGAAUUUCUAGUGUGUUUUUCUGAUUCCAAUGUUAAUGCUAUGGCAUCAGAUUUCAUGGAGAUGGAAAUGUUCUGCUAAAUCACCUGGUAAACUGGUAGAUCAUUUGGUAAAUGGAAAGUUUUUCUUGGCAACAACAAAUGGAAGGUGCAUUGUGCACAAAGUAAUUUAAGUAUAUAUUCAACUGUUGUAUAAUUUUAAUUUUUUAAGUAUUUGAUUUUAUGGGGACAUUUUUGUGGGAUGAUUAGAGUUAAAUAUAGCUGUCAUGUGUCUAGUUUGGUGGGAUAACAUUUUUUACUUAAAUUCAUGUUUUCCCUGUCUUGAUGUAGUGGGGGAAGAUCUCAAUCACAACUUUGGUAAUUGCCUGAUUGAAUUCAAGCAAAUUUGACUUCAUUAACUCAGGUUGUAAUUAAUAUUUCAGACUAUCUGGAGGAUACCAAUUUCUCUUUCAUUUGCUAUUUGAUCUCUUGAUCUAAUUCAGAAAUGACACUUGUGGGUAGUAGUGAGUCAGUGCACUAAGUAGAUGGUCUCUCCCCUUCAGGGUGCCAUUGAGUGCUGACAGUUUAUAAAACGAAACCACAAAAUCAGCUUCAAGCAGCGGCAUGCUCCCCAAAAGUAGCACAUUAAGCUUAAACUCCCUGAUACUGAUUUUGCAAGCAAGAGGCUGUCUCCUGAAUCUUAAAUUACCUAGCAACAUAGAGGCCAAAUGUGGAAGAUUUAAGAAGAAACAAGUUGGGGUAUGAGCUAAGGCCUUCAUCCCACCUGUAAUUUAUGCAUUGCCUUACUCGUCAUUAUUUAGAUGUCCAGAGAAGUGGGCAUAAUUCCUCGUCAGAGUAAAAGUAGCAAAAUUCAAGGCAAAUGAUUUGGGAAAAAGAUUAUCAAGUACCAUGUUUUCCAACCAGUUAUCCUUGAUGAUAAUGAGGUAAACAUAGAAAAAAUGAAAAAUACUAGAAUUUUUAAAGGAAAGUAUGUAUUUCGAAAACCUUCUUUAUAACUAUUCUGUUUUACUGUAAUCCUGCUCGUUAAAUGCAACAUAGGUGCAGGUGCUGCCCCUUGCUUGGGAACAAGUACCGGGGCCCUAGGUGUCUGCAGAGCCCUCUGCACCCGAAGUGAGUGGAGAAUGAAUUUCCUGGUACUGUAAUGAAAAUAAGGUCUGCUCAACACAAUAAACUUUUACUUGUCUUCUUUAAAA